UUUGGAAACUCUCCCUGUGUGAAGUAGCAUAAGCAGGGGACAGAUAGUGGUUCAAAUUUGAAGGAUUAUGGCUUCGUCUUCUUCUGCUCCGUUUGAUGAGUGUGAUCAGGAAGGUUUAGGGUUAUCGCAAGAAGACUACGACCUGAUGUAUGGGUCUGAAUCCGGAUGGGUGGAGGCUCGAUCUUCGUGCGAUCAUCUGGCCUCCUUAUCCGCCGAUCUCAGCCACAUUCCGCCUCCCGGCACACCCUGCCACACCUGCCAACACCCCUCCGAAAACUGGCUCUGCCUCUCCUGCAAGCAGGUCCUCUGUGGCCGUUUCGUCAACAAGCACAUGCUCCACCACUUCCACCACACUAAUCACUCUGUCGCCCUCAGUUUCAGCUUACAUUAUCAAAUUCGGCGAGCCUCCACCACUCCCUCUUAUUCAACAUCAACCUUCCUCUGCCACCUCGGAUUAGUAAAUCUCCUGUUAACUUAUACCACUGCUUUUGCUGUUGGAUAGUAUGUAUAUUUUCUCUGCCCUCAAUUUUCAUCUUAAUUCUUCUAAAUCACUUUUGUCGCUUUAUUUCAUAGUUAUUUCAUUUGCACUCUCUAGUUUCCUUCUGCCAAUACAGUAUGUGGUAAUUAAGGGAUUUUUCAUUACAGCUAAGCAAUUGUAAAAUUUCACUAAAUCAAUCCCAAUGCUUGUCUCUUGUGUUUACUUUACUUUUUAUUGCAUUAGUUUAGGUGGUGAUAUUAGUCUCAUAGGUAAUUCAGUUCUGCAUCUUUUGUGUCAAGCCAAGGUACAAUUUUCGGAGUGCUAAACAUGCCAUGGAAUGUUUUUCACUUUUUCCUCUAAAUUGAUUUUAACUAACUCUGGUGGAGUAAGUAUGUUCUUAUUUUUUUUGUUUUCCCCACACACAAAUAGAGAGGUAUUGCCUAUUGUAAUGACAGAGCUAUGCAUUUCAUUCUGCGAAAUAAAAAAGAUAAAAAGUUGAACUUUCUUUUUCUUCCAGAAUGGCAUGCAUUUGGAAUUGAUUUACCUGCAUGACACCAUUUAUCAUGUGAUUGGACUGGAGUAAUGCAGUAAUUAAUAAUAAGAUAAGAUACAUCAAAAUAUCACUGGACUGACGCCAAUUGACAGUUUUUUUUU